AUACGCUUUAAACUAGGAAAGGUACUUAUGUGCAGGUGGGUCAGCUCUCAUCCGACGUCACGACGUGCAGUCAGGGCAACCUGCACUCAUCUACAGCCACUUCCCCUUCGACAUCAACUUCAUCAUAGCCUUUCUUCUGAAAGCUCCUCAGAUCACUUACUACCUCGAGUUCCCUUCGGUUUCCGCGCACCACUCGACCACGUUGUAUUGGGCAAAGACCUCUUCAGAAAGCCACCUCUUUACGUCUCAGUAAAAUACCACCUCGAAUCCAGGCUUGAGUUUAUGCUGCACGAGCCUCACUGCAACUGCGUCUCAUAGGAAACAGCAACUAUGGCGCCUCUACGCCGAUAUUUGAGGAUCACAAAGUACUCCGUUCUCGAGUGUCGCAUCUAUCUCGACAAUCCGGCGUUGGCACAAAGCUGGCUUCUCAAUCCUCGGAACCCCAUCUUACCCAAGGUCAUCGAGAGCGUCCGUCCAUUAGUGUUACCAAAACUACGUGAAGAGAAGGAGAGAGAAAGGGCAAAGAAGAAGACUUCCAAAAAGAAGACUAUCAAGGAUGUUGUUGUCCAAGAUGAGUUUGAGGUCUCCAUGUUUUUGACCGAGACAAGUACGCGCCAUUCGCUGCUCACUAAGCACAAGCACUUCCGCGACAAAGCGCCCGGGAAGUUGCAGUCAAACUCCAACAAACUGAUAAACGAAACGAAUGACGUACCCAUUGAUCUGGACAUGGAGUCCGAGGCUGCCGCUGGUACGGUGCCUAUUCGGCAGGAAAGUGAAUCCGAGGACGACACUGCCGGCCUUUCCCGCAUCCCCGCUGUCGAUGAAACAAGCCGGCCUCAGCGAUCAAAAAGACAGCGCGGAGAACCUCGCGAUGAUCAGGAUGCCGACUACGCGACGACCUCGGAAAAUGAUGCUGGCGCCGAGGCUUCGGCGAUUGAGAUAGACUCCGACGAUGAUGCUCCUCGGCCGUCCAAGCGUGUCAAGAAGCAAGAAACUGGGUCUGACCUAGAGGAAGACGGCGACGACAAGAAGAAGAUGGCAGUGGAUGUCUCCUAUGAGGGUUUCGCGAUCUACGGUCGUGUGCUUUGCCUCGUUGUCAAGAAGCGCCAAGGUCUAAGAUUAGCAUCUUCGACUGCAGCUGGGGGUGCCAAGCAGCCUGCAGGUCAAGCUAGCAUGGAGAACUGGAUCAGCUCUACCCAGAUGCCCAACCCUGGCGCCGAGGAGGACGCACCAUGAAGACCAGCCGCUAGGCAAGAAUACCAUGGCCCUACAAAACUGCCACAUCAAAGAAGUGACUUCACAUCGUGGGGGGAGCUCACCCACCUCACCGGCAUGAAUAACCGAUGACACGAUGGCAGCUCACUUCGGACCAACUUUUGAAAAUUUGACACCUCUGUCACUGCCAUUUGUUGGCAUGCUUCGUAUAGUUUGGCCACCUUGGACCGAUAAUCGCGCUAUUAUCCACCCGUCGUUUCGUGUGUCUAGACUAGCCAAGUCUCUUUGCAGUAGAUGCGCAACGUUAACGGGACACUCUCACCGCAAACUCAUCGAGAUCUGGGAUACGAAGCAAGAAUACGCGGCUGUUUCGAGAAAGCCCCGCUGGGUGCCCAUUACGAAAGCGACAAUGGUUCAAGAAAGAUUCACACUACACGUGUUGCUGGGAUAUUGUGCAGGCCAAGCCUUGACGAAAGCUGGGGAAAGGCAAGGUCAUCCCGAGCUCCGCCUUCGGACCGGCGGAAAGUCCGCCAAACGGGCCUUGUAGGGAUACGUCGGGCUCCCACACCGGACUAUAGCACGCUUAUAAACGCCGUCUUAUUCACCGGGACAGUCCCGGAUUGCCAUAGCUCCAAUACGGCAUGGUGCCGAAGUGGCGAUCCAGAUGAGCCAUGGGCAACAGUUGCUGUAAGCGUGCACGGUUGACGAUGCUUACUUAGGCCAGCGACAAGUGAAACGAGCUCGAUGGAAAGCAAGUUGGUUGGCACGUUGGCAUACGCCAGCCCAGCUGUUCGGCUUCGGGCAACAGAGAGCAUACGACGUUACGAUUCAGUCCCAAUGCCACGCCAAGGCCGCACUAGCUUUGCAAAGUUCCCGACCUGCUGGAAUCAUGGACUUCUCCUGCCGUUUGCGCAGAUUUCGUAUUCUGCUUUUACCACCCCCUCUUCUUGUCUGUCGCGGAUUCCUCUUGGCGCCGUAUAUGCCUCUACAACUCCGACGAUCGUAACGAUCGUAACGACAUCGACCACGAGGUCCUCCAAGGCGGAAGGAAACCCUAGUCUAGGCUUCGAGUUUGAGGAAGCUGUAUGUAGCGGUGGACGCGGAAACGAAACUGACUUAUCGGCCGAGGCAGCCGUUCCUAGAGGCGAUCAAGGGCACCGUAGCCUCCAAGCGCAUGACACAUGACUUUAAGCGCAGGCGACUGUGACAUUCAACUUUCUCCUGGAAAGGCAGACAGGGCAAAUUUCCAAUCAGGAAACGUCAGCAAGGAUGCUACUUGCAAUUGCUUCCUAGAUGCGCAACAUCGAUGCCAAACUCGUCAAACACGCGAUGGAAGGCUGAUCUCACAUUCGUACCAAAAUACAUAGCUCAAGAAGAUACAUCUCGACCAAGUACCGACAGACAUCUGCCUGUGAAGCCUCAAAUCCCCACCCUUGAUGCUGCUUACGGUCGUAGGGUAGGUAGGUACUCGGUCAAAUUGCUGCUACACA